AGUCCGUGCGUUCUCUUCUGGUAAGAUCAGUACACACGCGUCCUUGUGUUACAUUCAAGGAUUGUCAGUCUCCGAUAAUACACUGGAAGUGAUUACAGUCUUCGGCAACGUUGGAUUGAUUCCUGGUUUCCAUUGGGCUUGGGCUACGAUAUAGGGCGCAUUGGUGGUCGCUUGUGACUGAAAUACCUGGGAUUGGAUCUUGAACAGAAAACCAGGAACGAACACCGAACACCAUGGGGAUCAAAUUCCUCGAGUUUGUGAAGCCGUUCUGCAGUAUCUUGCCCGAGAUUCAGAAGCCGGAGCGGAAGAUCCAGUUCCGGGAAAAGGUACUAUGGACCGCGGUGACCUUGUUCAUCUUCUUGGUGUGCUGCCAGAUCCCUUUGUUCGGCAUUAUGAGCUCGGAUUCGGCGGAUCCCUUCUAUUGGAUCCGUGUCAUCUUGGCCUCGAAUCGUGGUACUCUGAUGGAAUUGGGUAUCUCGCCCAUCGUCACUUCCGGCAUGAUUAUGCAGUUGUUGGCUGGUGCCAAGAUUAUCGAAGUCGGAGACACGCCCAAGGAUCGAGCUCUUUUCAACGGUGCCCAGAAACUGUUCGGUAUGGUGAUCACUAUUGGUCAGGCCAUCGUUUACGUGAUGACUGGCAUGUACGGUGAUCCCGCUGAUAUUGGCGCUGGUGUCUGCCUGUUGAUCAUCAUCCAAUUGUUUGUGGCCGGUUUGAUCGUGCUCCUCUUGGACGAGCUCCUCCAGAAAGGCUACGGUUUGGGCUCGGGUAUCUCCCUGUUCAUUGCCACCAACAUUUGCGAGACCAUCGUUUGGAAGAGCUUCUCCCCCGCCACCGUGAACACUGGUCGUGGCACCGAAUUUGAGGGCGCCAUCAUUGCUCUUUUCCAUCUUUUGGCCACCCGACAGGAUAAGGUGCGUGCCCUUCGCGAGGCCUUCUACCGUCAAAAUCUGCCCAACUUGAUGAACCUGAUGGCCACCAUCCUGAUCUUUGGCGUGGUGAUCUACUUCCAAGGCUUCCGCGUGGAUCUACCCAUCAAGUCUGCCCGUUAUCGUGGCCAAUAUUCGUCCUACCCGAUCAAGCUGUUCUACACCUCAAACAUUCCCAUCAUCCUCCAAUCGGCCCUCGUUUCCAAUUUGUACGUGAUCUCGCAGAUGCUCUCGGUCAAAUUUGCUGGCAACUUCUUCGUUAAUCUCUUGGGGGUGUGGUCAGAUGUGAACAGUGGACGUUCCUAUCCCAUCGGAGGUCUCUGUUACUACUUUUCACCGCCCGAAACGCUCGGUCAUGUGGCUGAAGACCCCAUUCACGCCAUCUUGUACAUUACCUUCAUGCUGGGAUCCUGCGCCUUCUUCUCCAAGACCUGGAUAGACGUGUCGGGAUCCUCUGCCAAAGAAGUUGCCAAGCAACUCCGUGAUCAGCAAAUGGUGAUGCGCGGUCAUCGUGAGACCUCCAUGAUCCACGAGCUCAACCGUUACAUUCCCACCGCUGCCGCAUUUGGUGGGCUCUGUAUUGGAGCCCUCUCGGUCACCGCCGAUUUCAUGGGUGCCAUCGGAUCCGGCACUGGUAUCCUCUUGGCUGUCACCAUCAUCUACCAAUACUUCGAGAUCUUUGUGAAAGAGCAGAACGAGAUGGGAAGCAUGGGAGCCCUGCUCUUCUAAGCUCGCACCCAACACAAGCACCUUGCUUAAUACCACGCACCCUUGAACCUAAACAGUCCCUUUCCCACUCCUCAACAUAGAUGAAAAAAAACGAGAGGCCGACUGGUCAAUAAACCGCAUCCCCUUUUCCCUCCUCGAUACACACCGUACAGAUAGUAUUCAACCGGAAGGACGAGGAUUGUUUUAACAAGCGAGAGAUGAAGGAACCUUUGGCUCGAGAACCUCUUUUUCCUUGGACACGUGUCUCUGUCCCAAGAUGUCUGUAACUCCGAAUUUAUGAUAAUUAUGAAUCAUUACAGCGAAAAGCGAAGAAAAUUCAAUCUUAUGUUGUCUGUUUUAAUGGUAUUGUCAACGUACUAUUCAGAGUAUUUUGAUGAUGGAAAAUAAAUGCCAAAAAACACGA